AUGACAUCCGUAUCUUUUGGUAACAACAAUCGUGGACUCCAGGUUGGUCAUAGCAGUGGCUCGAUCCACGCCGAAAUUCAUCUGCCGCCGGCUCCUUUAGAGCGACCAGAAACUCCGCCGAAUCCUCUAUCAACAGUCCCAUUCGCACGCGAUCCAGGCUUCGUCUGUCGUAGGACCCUGCUUCAGUCGAUUCACGAGAAAAGUUCGAUCCCAGGGUCGAGAAUAGCCCUGGUCGGCCUAGGCGGUGUCGGGAAAUCGCAACUUGCCAUCGAAUACUCGUAUCUGAGCCGAUUAGAGUCACCAGAGACAUGGGUUUUGUGGGUCCACGCAAGCAACGAGGCCCGGUUCGAGCAAAGUUUUCGGGAUAUCGCAGACCAGCUCAAGAUCGCCUGUCGUCAGGAUCCCAAAGUGAACGUUUUCAAACUAGUCGAGAACUGGCUCCGAGACGAGAAGAAAGGGAAAUGGAUUUGUAUCCUUGACAAUGCAGAUGAUGGAAAGUUCCUUUGUUCGCUUCCGGCGGCAGGGAAGGGAGCCUCGAUGCAAGAGCCACCAAACGCCUCAACGAAACCUCUUUUCGAAUACAUUCCCAGAUGUCGGAAUGGAUCUUUAAUUAUCACAAGUCGAAGCAGAGAGGCUGCGCUCAGGAUGGUCAAACAUAAGGACCUCAUUGAAGUUAACCCGAUGGCAAGGUCCGAGGCACUAGAGCUUCUUCAGAAGGCGCUUGAUCAACCCGAGGAAAGCCAAGAAAGCCAACAGUUAGUAGAAGAGCUUGAGUUUAUGCCGCUUGCAAUAGCCCAGGCCGCGGGAUAUAUUCGAAAUCGGGGCCCCCGCUAUUCAGUAUCACAAUACCUGAAAGACUUUCAGAAGAGUGAUCGUGAAGCGAUAAAGCUUCUCAAAGAAGAGUCGGGUCACCUUGACCGGGAUUGGGAAGCAAAGAACUCAAUUCUAUUGACUUGGCAAAUAUCGUUCGAUUAUAUUCGCCAGGAGAAGCCAUCAGCAGCGGAACUACUUUCUCUUAUGAGCUUUUUCGAUCGACAAGGGAUACCGGAGAGCGUUAUCCGCCGCCAGCCACCCGCAAGCUGCACCUCAAGGACAGAACUUUUCGACGAUUCUAGUGACGGGGAGACAUCCGAAUCCGACGGAAGUACGGAAUUUGAAAAUGAUGUCAUCACUUUACGGAAUUACUCAUUCAUAUCUGUCAACGAGAAUGGCACUUCCUUCGCUAUGCAUCGACUAGUGCAACUGACUACGCGCGCAUGGCUAAAAUCUCAUGCACAAACAGAACGAUGGAAGGAAAGAUUUGUCGACAAUAUAUACGAAGAGUUCCCUACGGGUGACUAUGAGAAUUGGGGGAAGUGCCGGUCUCUCUAUCCUCACGUUCGGUCAGCGAUGUCACAGCGGCCAGAGUCACGAGAGUCUCUAUUGAGAUGGGCCACGUUACUUUAUAAAGGUGCAUGGUAUGCGUCAAAAAGCGGGCAUAUUACGGAUGUGAGGGAAAUGGCAUCGAAAUCGCGUAGGUAUAGAAUGAAACUGCUAGGUGCGGAGGAUGAAGAGGCCCUUGCGAGUACUGCGAUGUUGGCUGAAGCCUGUUCAUUAGAGGGCCGAUGGGAGGAGGCGGAACAGCUCGACGUGCAGGUCAUGGAGACGAGCAAGGCGAAGCUCGGCGUGGACCAUCCCGACACGCUGAUGAGUAUGUCCAACCUGGCAUCGACAUAUCGGAACCAGGGCCGAUGGGAGGAGGCGGAACAGCUCAGCUUGCAGGUCAUGGAGACGAGCAAGACGAAGCUCGGCGUGGACCAUCCCGACAUGCUGAUGAGUAUGUCCAACCUGGCAUCGACGUAUCAGAACCAGGGCCGAUGGGAGGAGGCCGAACAGCUCAACUUGCAGGUCAUGGAGACGAGCAAGACGAAGCUCGGCAUGGACCAUCCCGACACGCUGACGAGUAUGUCUAACGUGGCAUUGACAUAUCAGAACCAGGGCCGAUGGGAGGAGGCCGAACAGCUCAACUUGCAGGUCAUGGAGACUCGCAAGUCGAAGCUCGGCGUGGACCAUCCCGACACGCUGAUGAGUAUGUCCAGCCUGGCAUCGACGUAUUGGAACCAGGGCCGAUGGGAGGAGGCCGAACAGCUUGACGUGCAGGUCAUGGAGACUCGCAAGACGAAGCUCGGCGUGGACCAUCCCUCUACGCUGAUGAGUAUGUCCAACCUGGCAUCGACGUAUUGGAACCAGGACCGAUUGGAGGAGGCGGAACAGCUCAACUUGCAGGUCAUAGAGACGAGCAAGACGAAGCUCGGCGUGGACCAUCCCGACACGCUAACGAGUAUGUCCAACCUGGCAACGACGUAUUGGAACCAGGGCCGAUGGGAGGAGGCGGAACAGCUCAACUUGCAGGUCAUGGAGACGAGCAAGACGAAGCUCGGCGUGGACCAUCCUGACACGCUGACGAGUAUGGCCAAUCUCGCUUUCACCUGGAAAUCUUCAGGGUAUAAUAUCCAAGCCCUCGAGUUACUGCGAGAUUGCCUGACCAAGCAGAAGCAAAUACUUGGGCUUAAUCAUUACGAGACCAUAUCCAGUUCUCAAGCUUUGCUGGAGUGGGAAACAGAGAUCUUGGAUAUUGGUAGGUAG